AUGACGCGACUUGGUCUACUUACGUGCCUGUCCUUGGCGUACUGGGCUUCGGGUGCAUCUGCUGCUCCAGCUGCCAGCUGCACGUUUACGGACGCUGCGAGCGCCAAGGCUGGCAAAGGGUCUUGCAGCACCAUCACGCUUUCCAACAUCAAGGUGCCUGCGGGCCAGACGCUGGAUCUGACUGGACUCAAGGACGGAACUAGGGUCGUCUUCUCGGGAACCACGACCUUUGGAUACACACCGUGGGAGGGUCCGCUGAUCUCGAUCUCCGGCAACAAGAUCGACAUCAGCGGAGCUUCUGGCUCGUUGAUCGACGGCGGCGGCGGCCAGUGGUGGGACGGAAAGGGAAGCAAUGGCGGCAAGACCAAGCCCAAGUUCUUCUUCGCUCAUGGGCUUAGCAACAGCAACAUUCGGUCGCUGAACGUCAAAAAUACACCGGUGCAGGCGUUCAGCAUCAACGGAUGCACGAAUCUGAACGUGGACCACGUGACGAUCGACAACUCUGCGGGCGAUGUUGGCGAACAGGGUCACAACACGGAUGCGUUUGAUGUGGGAAGCUCGAACGGUGUGUUCAUCACCAACGCCAAUGUGCGCAACCAGGACGAUUGCCUGGCGGUCAACUCGGGCACGAACAUCCUCUUCUCCGGCGGCUACUGCUCGGGCGGCCAUGGACUGUCGAUCGGCAGCGUCGGUGGACGCAGCGACAACACGGUGGACGGCGUGCGGAUUGAAAAUUCGCAGGUGGUGAACAGCGAGAACGCGGUGCGCAUCAAGACGGUCUCGGGAGCGACUGGGCUUGUGAACAAUGUGACGUACGCCAACAUCCAAAUGUCUGGCAUCAGCAAGUAUGGGAUCGACAUCCAGCAGGACUAUCUCAACGGCGGCCCUACAGGCACGCCUACGAACGGCGUCAAGGUGACCAACGUCAACAUCAACGGCAUCACUGGGUCGGUGUCUUCGGGUGCCACGCGGGUCUACCUGCUGUGCGGCUCGGGGUCGUGCUCCAAGUGGAAGUGGAGCGGUGUCUCGUUGACUGGCGGGCAGAAGAGCACCAAGUGCACCAACGUCCCUUCGCCCGCCACGUGCUGA